CUCAUACAUACAUAAAUACAUGCCACAGGCCAGUGAGGGUGGGGCCACUGGGACAGUGGGGCGGCGAUGAUCGAUCUACUCUACCCUACGGGUUCUGCAGGGCGGAAUCCGGACACAGCUCCUACAUACUCCACCCUAAGCCCACGCAGCUAUGUACGCUCUUCUCGAAUCCUACGGGAUGUGGCGAUAUAUCUGAGCCACAUACACCACCACCACCACCACCACCACCACCACCACGCAGGCGAACAUGUGGAAUAGUGGAACAUGUGGAACAGUGGAACAUGUGGAGGCUAUACGUUACCUACUGUAUAGUAUCGGUUCCCCGGUACUAGUACUUUGGAGGGCAGUAGUAAACUACCUACACUACCUAACUACCUACAUGUCCACGCAACCAUGGACUGAGAGGGGAGGGAUUCGCCCAUGGGUUCCGGAUCCCCCCCCACCCCCCAACCGCGGACAUCUAGGUAUACAUCCUGGACGGAUGUGGGGUGACGGAUCAAUCAUCGGAGGCCUUGUGCUGCGUUUCGUUCGUACAGAUACUUACGUAUGUACGUAUGAUACUUGGAGCCGAUAUCCGCUACUGGGCUGGGAGAUAGAUAGCUCGUCACGAAACGUCACUCUGCUUGGCUCUGUCCAACCCACCCACCCACCGGCCGGAGCAACACGGGAGAAGGGGAGGGAUUGUCUACUAGUAGCCGGUACGCCACGAGAGCACUGCAGUACUGCACCUGCAUACCCAUCUGUAUGCUGGUUAGUGGCGGGAAAUCGAAUCCACUCUGUGGCCCUGGAAUCGGAUAGGUACCGGACAUCUUCCACGUUGUGGAUCAGCCUUCGGGCUUCCAGGCCCCCAGGGCGCUGCUCACGCCGGCCGUAUGUACAAGUGCUACUAUGCUAGACGGGCCGUUACUCGUGCCUACGAUAGACAUAUACGGUAUACACAGGACACCACAUCCCUCAAGCCACAUCGAGAUUCGAGACCUCGCCAUCGCUGCGACUCUGCGAGCGUCCUUUCUUCUGGUUCUUCCAAGUUCAUCUGGUGAUAUAUCCAUACCAAUAAUCCAAUCAAGUUUUCGCGUGCCUCGGAGCGCCGACAACUAGAACAGGAGAUCGGGUUAGCGAUAGUAAAGAGGUUACUUUUCGAGCUCCGUCGAGACUCGAGACUAAGAAUAAAUACAUACGACUUCGCUCCGCAAUUCAAUUAUAAUUUCAAGCCUUGCCUUGUUCCAUG